AUGGAGGGCUCGAGGGGCAGAGAGGGGCUGCAUCUCCGGCGCCAGGAGGAGAAGCCGCAUGUCUUGGAAUACGUCUCUGCUGAGCCCACAACACCUCUUGGGGGCCAAGCACAGAUGGUUUUCCAGAGCAGGCUGCCAGAGGUAUCUCUGGAUGAGGACAGCAUAGACUGCCUGUAUUGGUUGAAUCCUGGCAUAGGAAGGUCGGAGCAGUUUCUCAUGGCAAUGCUGCAGAUGCCAAUGGGGCACACGCUUAGUCCAGAGGAGGCAAAGCUGCUCAUGAACCAGACAGUACAGCAGGUCCAGGAUACUCUGAGCAUCCCGGAUGAUGUUGCUCGGCACCUCCUUAUGCACUGCAGGUGGAAUGUGGAUUUUUUGAUCCAGUGCUAUGUGGAGAACCGUGAGACCCUACUUAUCUCCUCGGGGCUGCAAGUGCAGGAUGCCCAGCCUGCCCCGAGCCCAGGAACCCACUGCCCAGUCUGUGUGAACCAGCUGUGUCCCACUGAGAAGCCACCAACCCUCUGUUGCAUGCACUACUGCUGCAAGCCCUGUUGGAGAGAGUAUCUCACAACUCGCAUUGAACAGAACAUGGUUGUCAACUGCACCUGUCCUAUAUCUGAGUGCCGUGCACAGCCAACUACAGCCUUCAUUUGCUCCAUUGUUUCCUCUGAGGAGAUUAUAGCCAAGUAUGAGAAAGCCCUCCUCAGAGGCUAUGUUGAGUGCUGCUCCAACCUGACAUGGUGCACCAACCCUCAGGGCUGUGAUCAGAUCCUCCUUAAGGAUGGACUUGGUUAUGGGGCAGCCUGUUCCAAGUGUUCCUGGAUAUCCUGCUUCAACUGCAACUUCCCAGAGGCCCAUUAUCCUGCUAGCUGCAGCCACAUGUCUCAGUGGGUGGAUGAUGAUGGGUACUAUGAGGGAAUGACAAGCGAAGCCCAAAGCAAACAUCUGGCUAAGCUCAUUUCAAAGCACUGCCCAAGCUGCCAGGCUCAGAUAGAGAAAAAUGAGGGGUGCCUGCAUAUGACAUGUGCAAAGUGUAAUCAUGGCUUCUGUUGGCGUUGUCUCAAGCCCUGGAGGCCAACUCAUAAGGAUUAUUACAACUGCUCUGCUAUGGUGAGUAAAGCAGCUUGGCAGGAGAAGCGUUUUCAGGAUUACAAUGAGAGAUGCACCUUUCAUCAUCAUGCAAGGGAAUUUGCCAUGAGUCUGAGGAACAGGGUUUCUUCCAUCAGUGAGAUGCCAAAAAUUAGGACUUUGACCUUUGUUCUUGAUGCCUGCAAAGUCCUGGAACAGGCACGGAAGGUGCUGGCCUACUCCUGUGUGUACAGCUACUAUAACCAGGACACUGAGAGCAUGGAUACUGUGGAACAGCAAACUGAAAGCCUAGAGCUGCACACUAAUGCUCUGCAAAUCCUUCUGGAGGAAACCCUGCUGCAGUACCAGGACCUGGCCUCUUCUCUUCAGCUCCUGAAAGCAGAGCAUUUCAGUGCUGGUUUGGAGUUGGUACACCAGAUCAAGAAGCGUCUCUUUGCAAUUCUCUGGCACUCCACACAGCAGGAUUUCCAUGUUGGGCUCCAGACUUUGGCAGAUCCUGGUCAGAGAAAGGUGGAACUGUCAAAUGUGCCUACUUCAGCCCCUGCCUGUAUAGGGCCAAAACGUACCAUCUUGUGUGACUCCCCCAACACAGAUGAAGGUGGCAAAGUGGUUGAAGAUGAGUAUGAACCGCAGUGGCAGGAAGACUAUGAUGAUGAUGAUGACCUUGAUGAAGACAACUUUCUGUUUGAUGAUGAGUCAGAUAACCUUGAUUGUGACUCCUACUUUGAUGAUGAUGAUGCCUAUGACUAGAAGUGGGCUGUCCCCCAGCCUGCCAGCCUGGACCUCU